CGGCUUUUUAGUGAAAGACUCUCUUCCACGUCCUAAAAUGAAGAGAAGGUCUUGGAUUAGUGCUUAGAAUCUAUUUUUGCUUUUUAACUUUAUUUUUAGCCGUUUAGCUUCGUUCAUCUCCAUUCAUUGAGGACUCGUUCGCUGGCGCCCUCUGGCGUUUAACAGGCUUAACCCGGUUCAGGGUAAAGCCUUAACGCAGCCGCUACGCUGAAGGAUGACCGGUGAUGCAGGGCCAUCUUGUGGUCAUCGAUCAUUUUGCGCGCGCGACUGAGAGCCUUGCUACGGAAACUCCCAGAAUGCACUGCUCAGAAAACAUGGCCUCUUUCAGAGCCGCGGUGUGACGCUAGUCAUGUCACUUGGCGUACCCGCUUUAGUGGUCGGUGAUUCUGCUGUCGACUCGGUCCUGUCAGCGAGUUAUACUCGGUCCAGUGCAGAUUGAACACAAUGCCCAAAUACUACGAAGAGAAAGAGGAGGACGGUCGCGCUUGUGCUGGAAUCAAAGAAGAUUUCAAAGCCUGUCUGCUGCAGCACGACUGCGUAGUGAAGGAAGGCAAGAAGCCCAGCGAGUGUCUGAAGGAGGGUCACUGCAAACACUUGCAAGUUACUUUCUUUGAAUGCAAAAGAUCAAUGCUGGACACAAGAUCUCGAUUCAGAGGCAGAAAAGGCUACUAAUUGGAUCCUGUCAUAUAAUUUUAUUUGGUGCCAGUACAUGGAUUUGAACUAUGAGGAUGUUCUCCUAAGUUGUAAAUAACAAACUUGCUCAACAUGCUUUUGUCAUGGACUUCAUCUAAUAAUUGUUAUGCUUUUGUCAACAUUAAAUAUACUAUUGUAAAUUAAA